CAGAGCGCACACAAGCGCAGGGAAAGUCUUGGUGUUAAGGUUUCGCCUUCUCUCUUUCCUCUCACUGGAGCCUGUCUCUGUUCUUCUUUAUUCGCGGUGCAGGGAAAGAUACGAAUUGUUCUAUACAAGCGACGCAUCUCAAAAGAUCUACUGGUGCAAAUAUUUUGCUGCAAGAGAUAAAAAAGGCAUACCCCUUUUUAAAGGAAAAAAAAGCCUAACUAAAUCCCUCUGGCUUCCCUGCACGCGCAUUCUUGAGAUAUAUUUUUAUAUAUUGGCCAUGCGACAAGAAAAAAGUAACCGUAUUUAACUUUCAAUGCACAACGCCGAAGAGAGAAGGGGAUCACAUUUCUAAUUUUGAUUUUCUGUUUUUUUUUUUUUUUGGAUAAACAAAUAUAAAUAAUAAUAACAAUAAUAAUAAAAAAACAAGAUUUCUUACCUUGCCAGCGGAUAGUUUUAGUGGGAUAAGUCUUUGGGUUUGACACUUGCAAGCCUUAAAACUUAAAACUUUUUUUUUCCUUGGCGAAAGAAAAUGUGCUGCUAAAGGAGGUAUUGAUCAAAUAAAACCACACACAAAAUAAGCAACACCUGGAGAUUCGUUGGUGGAGUGGAUGAAUUUACCGAUGAUAGAUCCAGUUUUUCCAGGAACGAGUAUGGCAUAUCAUCCAUUUUUAUCUCACCGUGCGCCGGACUUUGCAAUGAGUGCUAUGUUGGGGCACCAGCAUUCCUUUUUCCCGGCUCUUGCGUUGCCCCCGAACGGUGCUGCGGCGCUCUCCCUCCCGGGAGCCCUUGGCAAGCCCAUUAUGGAUCAGCUGGUUGGCGCUGCAGAGACUGGCCUGCACUUCUCUUCUCUUGGUCACCAGGCAGCUGCCGCCCAUCUCAGGCCUCUCAAAACGCUAGAGCCCGAAGAAGAGGUUGAAGAUGACCCCAAAGUCCACUUGGAAUCUAAGGAUCUUUGGGAGCAGUUCCACAAGCGCGGUACUGAAAUGGUUAUCACGAAAUCAGGAAGGCGAAUGUUCCCUCCGUUUAAAGUGAGAUGCACUGGUUUGGAUAAAAAAGCCAAGUAUAUUUUGUUGAUGGAUAUCGUUGCGGCCGACGACUGCAGGUACAAAUUCCACAACUCUCGCUGGAUGGUAGCAGGGAAGGCUGAUCCCGAAAUGCCCAAGCGAAUGUACAUUCACCCAGACAGCCCGGCCACUGGAGAGCAAUGGAUGUCCAAGGUUGUCAAUUUUCACAAACUUAAACUGACAAACAACAUCUCCGAUAAGCAUGGAUUUACCAUUCUGAACUCCAUGCACAAAUACCAGCCCAGGUUUCACAUCGUGAGGGCCAACGAUAUUUUAAAGCUUCCGUACAGUACGUUUCGGACUUAUGUAUUCCCAGAAACCGAUUUCAUAGCCGUGACUGCAUACCAGAACGAUAAGAUAACUCAGUUAAAAAUUGACCACAAUCCCUUUGCCAAGGGCUUUCGUGACACCGGCAACGGCAGAAGAGAGAAGAGGAAACAGUUGGCCUUGCAGUCCAUGAGAUCUUAUGAGGAGCACCAGAAAAAAGACAACGGGACAUCGGACGAGUCUUCCAGCGAGCAAGCGACCUUCAAAUGCUUUGGUCAGGCCUUAUCUCCGGCUAUGUCGACUCUGAAAGAUCUCUGUCCCAGUGAUUUAGACAGCGACAACGAAAGCAAAGAUGGGCACCAACCGGAGCGAAACGACUCCAGUAAGAUCUCCACUACAACUAAUGAGGACUCGAGGGACGAGAAAGAGAGCCCGUCCAAAAAAUACGUAUUUACCGCUAAUGACCCUGUGAGCAGGGGUCGAGAGGAGCCCCCGAGGACUGAACGGAGACCCGCAGACUCCAAACAGAGCCCCGCCACCAUCACCUCGAGCACGACAGGGAUGCCGGGCAGGCAGGACAUUAAAAGUCCUAUCCUUGACCCUCCUAAAGUGGAGGAGUGCAGGCCACCGAACAAGGAAACGUAUGUGCCAUUGACGAUUCAAACGGACAGCAGCGCUCACUUGAGUCAGGGACAUAUGCAUCAUUUUGGAUUUCCACCUGGUUUGACUGGACAGCAAUUUUUUAACCCUCUGAGUGCUACGCACCCAUUUCUCUUGCACCCAAGCCAGUUUAACAUGGGCAGCGCGUUUUCUAACAUGGCUGCUGCAGGUAUGGGCCCCUUGCUUGCAGCUGUGUCGUCAGCGGGUGUUAGCACGAUGGACACCGCGAGCAUCGCCUCCUCACCCCAAGGACUGACUGCAGCUUCUUCACUCCCCUUCCACUUACAGCAGCACGUACUGGCUUCACAGGGUCUGGCAAUGUCUCCAUUCGGAAGCCUUUUCCCUUAUCCAUACACCUACAUGGCGGCAGCUGCAGCUGCCUCAGCCUCUUCAGCAGCGUCGUCCUCUGUGCAUCGCCACCCUUUUCUGAACGCAGUGCGCCCCCGUCUCCGGUACAGUCCUUACUCCAUUCCUAUGGGCCUGUCGGACAGCAGCACCCUACUUACCACGGCACUGCACACUAUGGCCAACAGCGCAGAAGAGCCCAAGGCAAGCAGCAUGGCAACCAGCCCGGUCUCCGCAGCUAUGGACUCUGUCUCCGAGGUCAACAGCAGGUCCUCCACUGUAUCUUUAGGAUCGGUCUCCCUUUCUCCAAAAAUGUGCUCAGAAAAGAAGUCGAUCAACGAACUACAAAACAUCCAACGCUUGGUCAGCGGACUUGACUCUAAACAGGACAGAAGCGGGUCUCCGUAGAGAACGGUGAAAAAAGAAUCACUAAAAGAUAACCAACUAAUUAAAGGAGUUCCGUCUCCAGCUAAGGCGGGUUUGUUUUUUUGCAGAUCUAUCAAACCAAUCUUUUCAAUGCACUUUGUUUAAAAUAAAUAAGUAAAUAAUAAUAAUAAUAAUAAUAAUAAUAAUAAUAAUAAAUAAUAAUAAUAAUAAUAAUAAUAAAUAAAUACAUCUCUCCGGCUACUUUGAACAUCUACGUAUCACUUAUUUCUGUAUUUUGAAUACCACAGCAGUAUUGGAGAGACUGGAGAGAUUGUAUGAAAAAUAAAAAUAGAACGUUGCUGCUACGCCAUCUCCUCCAGUGUUUCUAUGACUUAAAAAUUAUACUUUUCUGGUUCUGGCUAAGAACUGAGACACAUAAUAGAAAUAAUAGAUUACUAAAGAUUUGUUUUGAUUGUUUGUAAAGCUAUUCCUGGUUAUAUAUAAUAAUAGUUUGAUGAUGUCUGAAAAAAGUAAAGACUUUGCAUGUCCUUAUGUCAAGGUUUCCUUUUGUUUUCUCUUAAUUAUUUUAAGUUCACCGAGAUUAACAGUAGUAGCAAUACUUACACUGCAGGAAAAAAAAAAAAAAAAAAAAAAAAAGAUAAAGCAACAGAUAACCCGGACCCUUAUUGAAAAAUGACAUAUUCAAAAAUGGAAAUUUUUGGGACGAAGCCUUUAUGGAACUUGAACAGUGUUAACUUGUAUUCAGUUUUUUUUUUUUUUUUUCCAGCACAAAUUGUCCAUAAUUAAACCAUUUUUAACAAUAAUAAAACACAUAAAAUAAUUACUAAAAAAUGAAAAUAAAAAUAAAAGGAACCUUGGACUAUAAACAAGAAGAUAUUUAUGUAAUUAUUUGACAUUGCGUGUAAAUAUAUCGAAUUAGAGUACUUGAGAUUCUAUGUUUAAUUUAUUGAUGUUGUAAAUAUAUAUGUACAUAAAGGCAGUUUAUUCGUUUAAGUUGUCUACAUUUAAAACUUUAAAACAGGUUCAUAAUAGGAAAUCUGUGUGCUCAAAUACCAUGAGAGCACCAACCGCCCUUUCGCAGUGUGUAAUUCUAAUAAUUGCAAAGAAAAUGACGUGCCAUUAUAGCUUUGUAUCAGUGUUAAAAGUUCUACUGUCUGUUCCAAAUAAUAAAGAGGCAAGCUCGCCAGUGGUUGAAAAUACGAUGAAGAUUGUUUUCCUUUUACUCUUUUCUCCUAUUUUCUUGAGUGUCAAAAGCUGAAUGGAUUUGUUUUUAAUGCAGCUUGAAAGUAAAAGUGCCGAUAGUGCUUAAAAUAUGAAGGUUUACUUUGUGUUUCUAAAAGUGUUCAUGGCUUCUUG